GCUUUGUGGGUCCUGUGAAGGAAACCGACAGGACGCCCGUCUCUGUGCCUCUGUGUGUGAGGGUGUGAGGGUGUGAACUCACAGCUGGCAGCAGGCGGUCAGGGUUGUCCGGACACACCCGUGUCCUCUGCUGGAGCGGGAGCCCUCAGCACGAUGGCAGCCGUAGUCUGAGAAGAGGAACACAGAUCAGUUUAUCGCUGAUUUCAGUACUAUGAAAUGCUCUCUUGAAUUAAAAAAAAUAAAUCUUAUUGUUUCCACCUACAUUUCCAAUUAAGUGAUGAGAAUAUGUAUCAAUGAUUUUCUUUUCUUCUUUUUGUUUUGUUUGCAAUCUAUUUAAAUGUACAGGAGUGCUGUGUCUCCAUAAAAAAAUUCCCUCAGGGGACAAUAAAUAUCUUAUCUUAUUCCAGAGUAAAAGCAGAUGUACUGAAGCCUAUUUAAAAUACAAUCUGAGAUAUAUGCACACAUUGUAUAUCUAUACAACAAGAAAUAUGUUGAUACAACAAACUUCAGCCUAGAAACAGGGACCCUGCAGGACCAGGACUGGACCCCCUGCAGACACACUGACCCUGCAGGACCAGGACUGGACCCCCUGCGGACACACUGACCCUGUGCAGGUCACAGACGCUAGUUAAUUGUUCACAUUCAAGUGCUCAUCCACAGAUACUGGAUAAAAUCAUAAACCAGACUCUGAUUUUCACUUUAAUAUCAGUGCUGUGUCUGUUUGGAACCCAGAAACGGUUUAAGGUGAAUUUCAAGUUGACACAUAUCAUUAAUAUUGUAACGGUGCCCUCUUGUGUUCACGUUGAAAAAGAGAGCUGCCAAGCAAAGCUUUCCUUCUAGUUAAACUACAGUUCCCAGCAGCCAAUAAAAAAAUAUUUUGUCCAGCGUGGCCUGAUGGGAUAUGUAGUUUUAAUCAUGGUUGCGAAUAUUUCCUGUGUUUUCGAGAGUGCAGGGUUAGAACAGUAGUCUGCUGCCUUGAGCAGAAGUUUCGGUUUCCCCACUGACAGUCCUCUGUUUGUGAGCCGCCAUGGCAUCGCAUGAGAGCACCUACGACGAUUUAACUGCCGAAUUACAGUGCCUGAUCUGUUACGAAAUGCUCAGAGAUCCCGUCACAGCCACCUGCGGUAGCCACAACUACUGUAUGGAGUGCAUUGUCAAGUACUACACCGUCCCGUACACGAAGGAGAAAUUCGGCUGCCCUGUCUGCAAAGAUACGUUUCGGCCCGAUCACAAGCUCACGAAGAACGUAGCCAUCUACCGUAUCGUCGAAACUCUUAAGAGGCGCAGUCCCGAAAAGCGCGAUUCGUCCGCGUCUCCGAGGGAUAGCGACCCGGAUGGCCAGUGUCCGGCCUGCGGCAGCGGCGGCUCUGAUGGCUGCCCGACCUGUCAGCCCCGAGAGUCCGGCAGCAGUGCGCCCCGGCUGGGCGAAUCCUGCGCGCUGCACCGCCGGCCGUGCGAGUACCUGUGCCCGGGGCACGGCACGCUGCUGUGCGCCCUGUGCCGGCCGCAGCACCCGGACUGCGCGCUGGGGAGCAUCGAGGAAGAGUUUGAGCGCAAGAAGGCCUGUCUGCAGAGAAGCCUGGAGACUGUGACAUCAGAAAUUGAACAAGUGGAGGAGAUUCUUUCUGAAAGAGUUAAGAGCCGGAAGGAGAUCUCAGACUCUGCCUCAGGCAUGAAGGACGCCCUCUGCAGGGGGUUCGGUGAAUUGAAGAGGGCCAUCGAGGCGGGAGAGCGCGAGGCCAUGAAUGUCUUAAACGCCAGACAGAAGGCAGCUGAGUGGAGGAUAGGCAGCGCUGUAGCCCUCCUGGAGCAGAGACUGGGCUGGCUGAAGAACGCCAGAUCGCAGAUGGAGCAGGUGGACACCGGGAGCUGCUCUGCAGUGAUACAGGCUGACAUCCCGCAGGUGGACACGGACGGCUGCCUGUCUCGCGAGGAGGGGGACGUGUCUCCGGACGAAGUCCGCAUGGCAGCUGUGCUGGACGCAGUAGCUGAAUUGAAGGAGGAGGCUGGAAAGAGAUUAGACCAAGCCUUGAGCGUUUUACAGGUUAACCUUGGAGAAACUGCAGAGCAUGGUGGAGCCGAUGUGUCUCCCGAGGGGAUGGAGCUGGAGACUGUGGGAGGGCAGGAGCAGUCGGAGGCUCUUUCCCAGAAAUUCCUGUUUGUGUGCCAGGCGCUGGGCGCGCAGGAGUUCCAGCAGGGGGAGCACUACUGGGAGGUGGACACAGGGCGCAGCAGCGGCUGGGCGGUGGGAGUGGCGUCCUCCCGCCUGGGCCCCAGCGAGAAUCUCGGCCGGACUGCGCUGUCCUGGUGCCUGGAGUGGAGCAAGUCCCGCCUGUCCGUCUGGCACCGAAACACGGAGGAGCCCCUUAAACACGGCCAAGUCAGCAAAGUCAGGGUUCACCUUGACAUGGGCCAGGGGCUGCUGUCCUUCUACAGCAUGGCCGAAGGCGAGACCCUGCUGUUUUCGUACAAGGCCGAGUUCACAGAACCGGUGCGGCCCGCCUUCUGGCUGUUUGGGCUGCAGCAAGGGAACACUCUGAGCUUCGCUGGGCCUUGA